AUUAUUUCUGUUGAUAUCCUUGUUUUACUAAUGAUAUUAAUCUUCUUCAUGCUUGGAUUAUUCUCCAAAAGGAUUGAGAAUUCUCUAAAUUCUCAUGGAUUACUUCCAGUGCAAAUAACCUCAGCCAUUUACAACGUUGUACUGGGGUUGGUCCAGUUGGGACUGGGUUUAUGGAUUCUUGGAGAGAAAAUUGGUGCAAAGAAGACAGUGUUACCUCUAUACGAGUGGCUAGUGGUUUUAUUUCAAGGCUUUACAUGGAUGUUGCUGAGUUUUACUGUUAGCUUCAAGCUGCAACAACUUCGACAUACCAUCAUAAUGAAGCUUGGUUCAAUUCUUGCCUUCCUAUUAUCCAUGUUUCUCUGCAUUACAUCUGUUUGGGAAGCUAUCCGGCAAGAAACAACAUCAGUUAAGAUGGUUUUGGACAUUCUAUCUUUUCCAGGAGCAAUCUUGUUGCUUUUCUGUGCCUUCUGGGGGCCCAAAUAUACAAACUACAAUCAGGAUGUGAACAAUCAUACUUUAUAUGCACCUUUGCGAGAUGAAGACAUCAACACUAGUGGUGAAUGUGCCAAUGAAGAUGACAAUGAGGAAGGCCUUGUGACACCGUUUGCUUCUGCUGGACUGCUUAGCAAGAUGACAUUUUGGUGGUUAAACCCCUUAAUUUUGAAGAGGAAGAAAAAAAUCCUUGAGGAGAAAGAUGUGCCACAAUUGUGUUUGGCUGAUCGAGCUAAAACUUGCUACUCCUUACUCAUAGGGGAAUUGAAUAACCGGAAGAAUAAUAGAUCAUCUGAACAUCCUUCUAUUAUAAGGAGUAUAAUUUCCUGCCACUGGAAAUCUAUUUUAUCCUCCGGGUUCCUUGCAUUGAUCAAGGUGAUUACCAUAUCCUCUGGCCCAUUGUUUCUCAAAGCUUUCAUUUCUGUUGCUGAAGGGGAAACAAUUUUCAGGUAUGAGGUCUAUGCACUGGCCUUAGGACUCUUCUUGGUGAAAUGCAUAGAAUCACUGGCGGGAAGACACUGGUACUUUCAAAGUAGAUUGAUUGGACUCCAAGUCAGGUCUUCCCUUUGUGCAGCUAUUUAUAGCAAGCAGCUAAGACUUUCGAAUGCUGCUAAAGUAGAGCACACUUCAGGUGAUAUAGUGAACUAUGUUACAGUAGAUGCAUAUAGAGUAGGUGAAUUUCCAUACUGGUUUCAUCAGAUAUGGUCAACAAUUCUUCAACUCUGCAUUUCAUUAGUAAUUGUCUAUUACUGUGUGGGAUUGGCAACUAUCGCAACUAUAAUUGUCUUAACAUUGACGGUAUUUGGAAAUUCUCCAAUCGGCAAACUUCAACAUAAGUAUCAGGCAAACUUCAUGAUUGCACAAAAUCAAAGGUUGAAGGUCAUUACAGAGGCCUUAGUGAACAUGAAGGUGUUGAAGUUGUAUGCCUGGGAGUCCUACUUCAGGAAUGUUAUAGAGAGGCUAAGAAGCGAGGAAUAUAAUUGGCUCACAGCACUGCAGCUUCAAAAGGGGUACUACCUAGUGUUGUUCUGGUCGGCAUCAGUAUUAAUAGGGGCGGCGACCUUAGUCACUUGCUACUUCCUGGGGAUUUCUCUUAAUUCUAGUAAUGUUUUCACCUUCCUAGCGAUCCUACGAAUCAUUCAGGGACCUAUCAGAUCACUUCCUGAUGUUUUGGGAGUGUUUAUUGAGGCAAAGGUUUCAGUAGAUCGAAUUGCCAAUUUUCUUGAGGCGCCAGAGCUGAAGAAUUCAAAUAUUCGACAGAUUAUCAAUGAAACAGAACUCAAGCCCUCAGUUUUAAUAAAUUCUGCUGAUCUAUCAUGGGCAUCUGAUCUUUUGAAGCCAACUCUGAGAAAUAUAAAUUUGGAGAUUAAACCUGGUGAAAAGGUUGCAAUUUGUGGAGAAGUUGGUGCAGGAAAAUCAACCCUUCUGGCCGCAAUUCUUGGAGAGCUUCCCAGCAUAGAAGGCUAUAUUAAAGUUUAUGGAACGGUAGCAUAUGUAUCUCAAACAGCAUGGAUUCAGACAGGUACCAUACAAGAAAAUGUCCUUUUCGGAACCGCCAUGGAUCAUUGCAGGUAUCAUCAAGUGCUUGAAAAGUGUUCACUAGUAAAGGACCUCGAGAUGCUUCCAUUUGGUGAUCUUACUCAAAUAGGAGAAAGAGGUGUUAAUUUGAGUGGUGGGCAGAAGCAGCGUAUUCAACUUGCCCGUGCAUUGUAUCAAGAUAGAGAUAUCUAUCUUUUGGAUGAUCCAUUCAGUGCGCUUGAUGCACAAACGGCAAAAAAUGUAUUUACUGAAUAUGUCAUGGGAGCUCUUUCUGGGAAAACUGUGUUGCUCGUGACCCACCAAGUUGAUUUCCUUCCUGCAUUUGAUUCUGUCUUGUUACUAUAUGAAGGGGAAAUCACACAUGCUGCUAAAUAUGACCAGUUGUUAGCCACUAGUAAAGAAUUCCAGAACCUUGUAAAUGCACACAAAGAUACAAUGGGUGAAGAAACUCUUCUGGAACUUGCUCCUUCCAAACAUAAUAAACAUUAUGAUGGAGAAAUCAAGAACAUAAAUUACGAGGAACAGUCGAAUGCAGCUGUAGGGGAUCAGUUAAUAAAGGAAGAAGAAAGAGAAACAGGAGAUAUAGGUCUUAAACCUUACAGAGACUACUUUAGUCACAAUAAAGGCCUCUUGUACUUCUUUUUGUCAAAUUUAGCGCACCUUAUGUUUUUGGUAGCACAGAUACUGCAAAGCUGGUGGUUAGCUGCAUACAUCAAAGAAGGAAGCACUAAAACUUUGAAACUGGUCAUUGUAUACUCGGGGAUUGGAGUAGUAAUGAUAAUCUUUUUGCUCAUAAGAUCCUACCUUGUAGCUUAUUUAAGUCUUGAGGCAUCAGAAUCCAUUUUCGACAAACUGCUGACCUCUCUUUUCCGAGCGCCAAUGGCCUUCUAUGACUCAACACCUGUGGGAAGGAUACUCAGUCGGGUAUCUUCGGAUUUGAGUAUUGUCGACCUCGAUCUAGGUUUCAAAGUUCCUUUGGCAGUGGGAUCAGCCAUGACUGCUAUCUCCACCUUUAUAGUGUUGUGUGCUCUUUCCUGGCAAGUCUUGAUAGUUGUUAUACCCGUGGUAUAUCUGAUAAUUCUCUUGCAGAAUUACUACUUUGCUGUGGCGAAGGAGUUGAUACGAAUCAAUGGCACUAGAAAUUCUUUGCUUGCAAGCCAUCUAGCUGAAUCUAUUGCAGGAGCUGUGACAAUAAGAGCUUUUGAGGAUGAGGAGCGAUUCUUUGCCAAGAACCUUGACCUUAUCGAUAAAAAUUCUACUUCAUCCUUCCACAGCUUUACAGCAAAAGAGUGGUUGAUCCAACGCCUGGAAACCUUAAGUGCAAUUGUUAUUGCCACCUCAGCUCUGUUUACAACUUUGCUUCAUCAGGGAUAUGCGGGGUCUGGUUAUAUUGGAAUUGCGCUAUCAUUUGGUCUUACAGUGAAUGAAUUCCUCGUAUAUUCAGCAAGUGAACAAUGUGUUGUGGCAGACCUAAUCGUUUCAGUUGAAAGGCUAAAUCAGUACAUCCAUAUACCUAGUGAAGCCCCUGAAGAAAUAGAAGAAAAUCGCCCGCCACCAAAUUGGCCUGCUACUGGCAAAGUUGAGAUUAAUGAUCUGCAGAUAAGAUAUCGGCCUAAUGCUCCACUAGUCCUCCGAGGGAUAACUUGCACAUUUGAAGGAGGGCACAAGAUUGGGAUUGUUGGUCGAACUGGUAGUGGCAAGACAACUCUGAUCAGUGCAUUGUUUCGCCUGGUAGAGCCUACAGGGGGCAAUAUCAUCAUAGAUGGUCUUGACAUCACUUCAAUUGGACUUCAUGAUCUCCGGUCAAAUUUGGGGAUCAUUCCUCAGGAUCCAACUCUUUUUAGUGGGUCUCUGCGAUAUAAUCUAGACCCCUUGUCUCAGUUCACUGAUCAAGAAAUAUGGGAGGUGCUUGAGAAAUGUCAUCUUCGAGAGGUCAUUCAAGAGAAACAAGAGGGGCUGAACUCCUUAGUUGUACAAGAUGGCACAAAUUGGAGCGUGGGACAGCGACAAUUAAUCGGGUUGGGGCGUGUUUUACUGAAGAGAUGCCAAAUACUAGCGCUUGAUGAAGCCACUGCAUCAAUUGACAAUGCAACAGAUUCAGCUCUGCAGAAAACCAUUAGAGCAGAAUUUGUUAAUUGCACUGUAAUAACAGUGGCACACAGAAUACCAACUGUAAUGGACUGCACAAUGGUGCUUGCAAUAAGUGAUGGGAAAAUAGUGGAGUAUGAUGAACCAAUGAAGCUAUUACAGAGGGAGCAUUCACUAUUUGGGCAGCUUGUUAAAGAAUACUGGUCUCAUGCUGCAAAUAAAGAUUCUGCCUUAUAGUUGCUGGGAAAUAAGUAAUAAGCUCUAGAAAAUUGAUCUUGGAGCCUUAAGCAGAUAAUGUUUUAAGCACUCAUGUUUCUAUAUGAUAGGAAAAUGAUUAUAUAUCUGU